UCUUCACCACUUUGUUUUAUUCUUCCCAUCAACAAGCAUAGAAUCCAAUUGCAUAUAACAAUGACUUAUAUAAGCAAUUCUACCAUCUAAUCCCAUAAACACCAAUACUACUCUUCUCUUACAAUUAUCGAAAAAUCUCUAGUAGUAUCUAACGAACCGCAAACAAUGCCAAACCACUCUUCUUCUUCUUCCGAUUCUGAUGAUGAUCAUCGUCAAAGACCACAUAUUGGGAAGAAGAAGCCCUUAGGCCGUCAAAGGCCAGUCCAUCAAAUUCUCGGAGGAGGAAGAGUCGCUAAUAUAUUGUUAUGGAAGGAUGCUAAGAUAUCGGGUGCUGUUCUAGCCGGGGUUACCCUCCUAUGGUUUCUUUUCGAAAUUGUCGAGUACAAUCUCGUGACGUUCUUAUGUCACAUCAUCAUCACUACAAUGCUUGUGAUCUUUCUUUGGUGUGUAGGGGCAGAUAUUUUCAGAUGGUCUCCUCCAGAAAUUCCUAAAAUCGUCUUGCAAGAAUCCGCUGCCCAAGAUUUGGCUCGUUUCAUUCAUAAGAGAAUUAAACUAUUCCUAUCAAUCUUCUUCCAUGUCGCGUCUGGAAACAAUGCCAAAGUCUUCGUUAUGGCUAUUGUGACGUUAUGGAUAUUGUCGAUAAUUGGAAGCUCUAUAAGCACCUUGAACCUUAUGUUCUUGGGUUGUUUGGCUGCGCAAACUAUACCAUAUGUCUACGAGCAAUACGGGGAAGAAGUUGAUGAUCUUCUAAGCAAAAUGGGCUAUGGCAUGAGGAAAUCAUACAAGGAGUUUGAUUCAAAAUUUCUUGGAAGAAUCCCAAGAGGACCUGUCAAAGAAAAGAAAGGAAAGUAAUAAGUUAGAAAAUCAAAAAUAAAUUUGCUUAAUUAAAGUGUAAUCACAAUUUGAAGUUGUACAAAUUACCCAAUGUAACUAGAUUGAGCUGAAUAAAUCAAUGCCCUAAAUUGAAUCUAUUUAUUUCUUUAAUUU